AUGAGAAAAACAAAAAAAAAUAUUUUUCAAAAAACUAAAAAUCAAAAAAUUCAAAAGAAAAACUUUUUAUCUAUGUAUAUACUCUAAAAUAAGCCAAUAUACAAAAAUGUAUGUAUAUAAUGUAAUACACAUAAAUACAUAAGUAUAAAUACUUAUUAUAUUUAAAUUUAUUUAUGUACUGAAAAUUUAAUUUAUAUACUAGAUUUACCUAUACAGAUAGCUGAAAACAAAACCAAAAACACAGUAAAAAAAUUAUAAAACGAACUCGUCGUAACAUGAAUCGAUUCUCUUUAACAAGAAUGAUUUUGCUUUAUGCACAUUGUAAACAAAAUUUUCUUUGCAUUUUCAUUUGAACUCUUCUUAUCCCGGAAACCUCGUAGUAAAUUGAAAUUCUUCCUAAGGCAGCGUUUACAAAUCCAGCAAAAUUGGACAACUAAUCGCAUUAAUGUUUGCAAAUUAAAUUUUAUUUGAUUAAAUUUUCUGUCUUUCAAAAACUUAAGUCUUUUAUUGCUAACAGCACAAAUAUUCUGUAAUUAGGUAAUUAAAAAAAUAAAAUAAAAAUCAGCUGAUCACAUCUACAACACAUCGAAAGUUUUAGUACUCCCCAGUUUUAAUUGUUUCAACUGUCAAAAAAUUAAAAUGAAAGUAUGUAAUGCAAGAUUCUAUUUUUUUCAGACGAUUGAAUUUGAUUGGAUUGUGUGUUUACAAAUCAAAUUCGUUUCAAAUUUUGAUCUAAAUCGUAAAAUUUUGUAAACAAUGCCUAGAACGAAUGAUGAGUUAUGACAUAUAACACGAAAAUAUUGAAUACGAAAACACUUCUGUUUAAGCUGAAAUUUUUCUCAAAACUCAAACAAUUUCAAUCGUUUUUCUUUUUAUGGUAAACUCCAAAACAAACACUAAUAGUUUUUUUCCUAAUUGCAAACAUAUGUAUGUACAUACAAAGGCAAUAUUUCAUAAACAAUUAUUUAUGUUAAAAAGAUUCGCCUGUAUUUGUAUUAUUUUCUAAUGUUUAAAAAAUAACAAAAUAAAAAAAAAAACAAAAUAACAAGAACACAAUAAAAUAUGUACAAAAUUGCUUUGUUGCUGUUCUUGUUUAAUUUGGUUAUUUUUUGUCUUAAAAGAAUUUUAGAAAAUAUAUGCAAUUAUAGGCUCUUAUAUACCACCAUACGGAUACAUUACCAAUUCCCAAUACAAAAUAUAAAAUCUACAUAAUAUAUAAUAUACAAUUAGAGUGCAUACAAAAAAACAAAGCAAUAAUUAUUGGCAAAACAAAAGAAAAAAAUUAUGGCACUAUUAAAGUGUUGCAUAAGAUUGUGCAAGUGUUCUUUAAACACUGAUUUCAAAUUCUAUGAAAAAUAGAAAACAGCUUUCAAGUUAGCUAACUUAACGAAAUGUAAAUUUGACGUUUAUUUACGGUUACCCAAUUUCCCAGUUGAUUUCGUUGAAAAUCAAAAUUCAAAUUCAAAUUUCAAGAAAUUCUGUUAAUUAAUUAUGGCAAAAAAUGUAAAAUCGGCGCCAAGUGAAAGUUCGGUUUCCAAAUAUCCUGAUCGCAAAAUUAAUGAUGAUAUAAAAUUUCUUGAUCGGCUCAGUCGAAAUUGAGAUACUAAAGUGCACAGACAGACUGAUACACAGAUAGAUAGACAAGAAAAACACUUAGACCAAACAAACAGGUAGGCAUUCAUCUAAAGAUAGCUUACUUACGGUUGCCUGGAGAAGUUCUUUUCGUCGAAAAUUCGACUUGUGAAAUGUGUGGCCAUCACAUAACUUCUCUUAUUUUAUGAAGUUGAUAAUAAAUUCAAUUCCGCAAUUCUCGAAUAUUGAAAAGCAGUGACCGAAAUAAAAUGCUUUGUAAAGUAGAAGUUGUUAGUAUAGAACACAAAUUCAGUAAAAAUAAUUUUUUUUUCCUGUUAACUAGUAUAAUUAGAGCCCUGUGUUGCAUGUUUGUUUACCGGUGAUACUCUUUAAAUAAAUGUAAUUUGAUAGUGGCUAAACGUAGAAAGUCUCCAAAUGUAGUUGUUUAUAUUCUCACGUUAUCCUAACAUGCCAUUACGAAUGUGCAAAGUUGGGGAAUUGGACCAUUAAAUACUGUUGUUUAUGAUGUAAUGUGGCAUGAUCUGGCAUGAUAUUGCUUCAAUUCACGGGACGUAAAAUAUAUUUUACUGCUCUCUUCUUCUCUAACAUUUUUUCAAAACCUUUCGUAUUUCAGAAAUACAAGUAUAGUUAAAUAUGUCACCAUCAAACAAGUUUUGUAAAAUUUAUGAGACAGUAAAAAGAUCAUCUUCAGUGUUCAAUAAAGCUUUUUUGGGAUUUAAAGCCUCAUAUUUUUUAGUAAUGUUCCUGAACAGUGUUAAAGUUCUUUAAUAAAUUUUCGGCAGUCGUUCCUUGGAGUUCCAUCCUAUAAAACGUGUUGCAUACUUCAGGUUAUCUAUAACCAACUAAAUACUUUAUACGGCAUUAUUAUUUUAAAAAAAAAUCCCAAAAAAGUAAAACUGUAGCAGUACUUUUGGUUUUAUUUUAUUUUUUCUUUUAAUGAUAAUUUCUAAAAUGCAAUUUUAUAUAUUUAUAUAUACCAAUGUUCAAAAAGGUUAAUUGACUUUAAAAUCACACUAAUAUUGUACUAAGAUAUAACUUUCAGCAACUCAUAAGAUAGAUUGGUUACUUGAUAUCUGUUUGUUACCGCAACUCCUUAACCAAGGACGGAAUUGAAAGUGCGUUUUUGAUUUAGUAAUAAAUUGUUUCUGCAGCUUGCAUGUUUAAAAAAGUAUAAUUUGAUCAUUUUAUUGAAGGAUCAAAUUAAAAUGGAUGUUUUUGCCUAAUGAAUUUGUCUAUAUGUUAUUCUUUCAUUCAGCUUCAUUUUCGUACUAGAACUGAAAAAUAAAUUAAUAUUUUGCAAAAUUGUAGUAAUUAAAAUCUUAAAAGAAAACAGUAACUUAAUCACCAAUUUUCUCUGACCCACCCCAAUAUACUUAGAUACAUACAUAUUCAUAUUUUAUGAAAAUAAAAUUAAGAUGGUAUAAAAAUAUAUUAAAUAAAAAACUAAAAAAACAAUAGGAUAAAAUAAAUGUACAUAGAUGCACUAAACUAUAAUUAUAAUAAUCUAGUCUAUAUACAUAUAAUAUGUACAUACACAAAUAUGCAUAUAUAAUAUACUAUAUCAUAAUAUAUUUAUAAUAUAUUUUAUCUGUGUACUAAGUGGGGAUUGGGCGGACGAAAGUGCAAACACAACUCCAAAUUGAAUAAUUCAAUGGAAUAAAAAUUUUAACAAUUUCAGAUGAAACUUCCUAUAAUUACUUUAAUUAAUUUUAUAUAAAUCAAAGAUUUAAAAACAUUUUUGAAAAAAUAAUUCCAAAACAAAAUAAAGUUUCCCACAUCGAAUCAAGCACCAUCUGACUUUGUUUUAUAAAAACGGCGCUAAAAUAUACUAUGACGAUUUGUCUAAUCAAGUAAUGUAAUUGUAAGUAACCUAUAUGAAAAGAUAUUCAAUAUAUAUUUUUUAAUAAAAUGGACCCCCAUAACAACAAAUAUUUAAAUAAUGUCUGUUUUAACACUAUUUAUGUAGGUAUUUUAAACUGGAAAGUUUUGUUCCCCCGAAUCCUCUUGCAUAAGUAAAUUAAAUCUCACUUGUUGGUAAAGGGAAAUGACACGUAAUAUAUGAACAUACUGUUGAUGCAAAUAUUUCGUUAAAGAAAAUCAAAAUUUAAUUCAUAAUUAAUUAAGCUAAUUUUGAAAAAAAAAUUUUGCUUUCAAUAUGGUACCAUAUUGUUGCAAUUUUGAAAUGUUAUUGCAGUUCGAUUUUUAGUAAUAUAAUAAACUAUAAAUUACAAUACCUAGGUUUUACAUUACCUAAAAGUUACAGUACCUAACCGCACACAUUGUAUAUAUAUAUGUAUAUAUAUAUAUAUAAUAUUUACUUAUAUACUUAUAUUAUAUAAGAAUACAUAUUUACUUGAGUAUUUAGAUGUGAAUUAACACAAGCAUACAUAUAGAUUUUACGAAGAGGGAAAUGUCGAGGUGAAAAUAUAUGGGAAUUAAAAGAUUGUGGCUAAAUUUUCUUAAGUAUAUAUUAUGUAUAGAAUGAACUUAACUAUUUAUACUAAAUUAUACUUAGUCUAGCGUAAAUCAUUCCUAUUAUGCAUGUGCAUAAGCAUACAGGGUGAAUCACUAAAGAGCAUUAAGUAUAUAUUAUUCUAUAGGGCAUCAAAAAGGGGAUCAAUUUUUGUUUGGAACUAGUUAUCAAAACUAACAUUAUAGUUAUAAACGGUUUCUGAGAUACAUCUCGACAAUUUUGUGUGAAAGUUUUGGAAAAUUUAAAACUUUUUUGCAAAACUUUGACCACUUUCUUAAGCUUUAAUUUUAUUCCUCAAACGUUGAAAAAUUUUUACGGUACAUUUCUGUGUCAAGAUUUAAAGGGCCCUAAUAAAAUGUAAAAAAUCAAAAAAUUGUCACUAUUUUUGAUUUUUAUUGAUUUAAAGUGCUGUAAUUAUCAACUACUUUGAAAAGCAGUUGACAUUUUUAAGAACCGUUAUUUUGGUAAUAAAAUAAAAUUUUCAGAUUUUCAAUGAAAUACAUAAAUUUAACAACCCCUUUACCAGCCCUUUUAGUAACUGUUCAUUUGAAGCCUUAAUCUUUUUGGGUACAAAAUAAUUUUUAAAAAAAUUAUAUCAGUUCAAUUUUACAAAAUGUAAGUAACAAACAAGUAAAAACGUUUCAGUCGGUAUAAACUGACAGAAUAAUACCCUGCACUUUGAUCUGAGUUUAAAAAUCUGUUUUUGAAAUAUCUAGAAUUAGCUUUCAUUAUUAAAUGGCAAUAACUCGAGCCUGUUAAAGCACUCAUUAAUCUUCCCGGAUAUUAUAUCUGAUCUACUAGUGGACACAGAACUGCAAAGUUUCAUGAAUUCAUCCUUAAUAUUUUUCCAAAUAUUUAAAAUUAACUUUCGGUGUUCUAGACCCUAAACAAUGAUAUAUAAUAUUGUACUAUUUACUGAAUCACCCUAUAUAUAUGUGUAUAUGUAUUAUAUGUGCAGGUAUAAUAAAAGAAUUUUUUAGAACUAUGAUAUGACGUAUUUACAAUAUUUUACACUGUGAAACUAACAUAAAAUUAAUUUACCUAUAUUCGCAUACAUAUAGCUAUACUAUCUACAAUAUUUUAAAUUUAUGUAUGUAUAUAUUAUACAUUUAAGUAUGUAUAUUAUAUAUUAGAACUAGAGUACAUAUAGAAAACAAAAUUUUUGAAAAUAUAGUUUUUUACAUACAAACAAAUAUAUAUUUUUAAUAUACAGUAUAUAAUAUAUAGAAUAUAUAUUUCAUAGAAAUAUAUGCAUACAUAAAUUUGAUAUACGGGGUGUUUCGCGUAGGGUGGCAAAUAAUUUUAGUGAUGCUUAUUUGAUACCAAAAAAAAAUUAUAUGGGUGGGGGGUGCCGAUAUGCUCGUUUUCGAGCUACAGCCUAUUGAAAAAAAAAACUUUUUCUGAAAUUAGAUUUAAAGAAAUGCUUAUAACUUUAGAACCGCAUACAACAUAGAGUUAUCGUUAGAAACUUGUUUUACAGCCGAUUGGUUGUUCUUUAUUUUUGGCCCGACAAUUAGUAAUUUGAGUUUUCGAGAUACAGCUCGUCAAAGUUAAAAUUUUUGUUUUUCUUUCACAAAACUCGAAAUUUCUUGAAAAUUUAUGUUAUUUAUUUUUAUUUUUUUUCAUGCAGUACGACGAGAUCUAAAAGUUAACUUAUAUAACUUUUUCCUCUAUCUCUCAUGGUUUGUCCAGUAAAACGUGUUGAAUGUAUUUUAAAAACAAGCGAAAACGAGUAUAUCUGCACCUUCCCAACCCAUACUAUUUUUUGGUGGAAAUUGAUCACAGAAUCAUUUCUAAAAUUAUUUGCCACCUUAUGCGGAACACCCUGUAUAUCAUUAAAUAUUAAAAACAAAAAAAAAAACGAAAUAAUAAAAAAAAUUAUUUUUAUAUUUUUCAAAAAUUGAUGCUCAAAAAUUCUGUGCAAAAGAGAAAAAAAAAACAAAUAUAUUACACAGAUUGGUAACACUCUAACUAAUUCUAAAACUUUCUUUUAUAAUUACAAGUAAACCUAAGGAAAUUUAAAAAAUAAAAUAAUUUUUUUUUCAUAAUUUUGUAUUAAAUUUGUGUAAAAUUUUCUAUUAUUUCAAAAUUAAAAUAAAAAACAAAGAAAAAUAAAAAAAAAAGAAAGUAGAAAAAAAAAUAUUCAAAAAUAAAUAAAAAGGAGCUACAUAAAUAUUUUCACAGAUAAUAGAAUAAUUUUUUGAGUCAAAGAAAAAAAAUCAUGUUAUCAUUCUACAUUUUGAAAACUAUUGUGUGUUUUAAGUGACAUUAGUGACAUUGAAGUUGGUGUCAAUUAUUCACUUUCAAAUAAUCGAGAAAAAACUUGAAAAAAUGAAAAAUGCAUCACUUAAUUUACCUUAGCAUUUCUUAAUGAAAUUUUAUAAAACGACAAAAAAAAAUUAAAUUAAACUUUCUAAGAUAUAAUUUAAGAGAAAAAGGAUAACAAAGAAUAUUUAAAUAAAGAAAAUUGAUUAAUAUUACAAUUAAUGUGAAUAAAGUCUUAAAUAAAAAAUUAAACUAUAAAACAAAACAGGAAAAUAGAAAAGAAACAUAUACGUAAUAUAAAUUCCGCCCGAAUAAUUUAAAAUAAAAAAAUUUAUUUAUACAAUAUGUACGUUAUAAUAAUAAAAAAAAAAUUCAAGAUUUUAAUUAUACACAUGUAAUAUUUAUUAAAAAAUUGUACAUAUAAAACAACAUCAUAAAUUGAAAUGAAGGAAUAAAACAAUUUUAAUUACCAGUCAUGUACUCGUAUAACUAAAACAUUUACGCAUAAGACACUGCUGAAAAUUAAAAAAUUAAAAUGAUCACCGAAAAGUAAGUUUUUAUUUUUUAAUAUAUCAUACUAUAGAACAAGGAACAAAACCAUAUGUUUUUCGGAUAAGUACAAGAACAUGUUUAAAAAAUAAGGCAACAAAAAUAAAAAAUCAUUUAUUAUCCGGGGAUUAUUCAUUUAUAAAGAUUUCGGAAGUGAAUAUUUGCGCAACUAUUAGAAAUAAAAAAAAUUAUUGAAAAUAAUAUUAAAAUAAUAAAAACUAAACUAAAGUACCUGUUAAUUGACAAAAAAAAUCAGAAUGAUUACAAUUUUAAUUUAAUGAUUAAUAAUAUUAAAAAAAUAUAAAAAUAUAAAAUAAAUUUUGUGCUGAGUUUAUAAGUUAUAAUAAGUAUAUCAAUUAAAAUUGUUUUCUUGUUCUAUUUUAAAAAUUUUCUUGAGCAUUUUGACAGUCUCGAACUCUUAUAAUGUAAGGAUAAUAAAAAAACUCUACCAUAUAAGUAGACAGAGAUCUAGAGAAAACAAACAAAAGGAAAACGCUUUGUGAUUUAAAUAAAAAAAUAUAGAUGCAAAAUAAAAUUAACGAAUAUGUCAACCGCUAAAACAAUGAUAAAUCAAAACCAAUUAGAUAAUUCAAGUAAUAUUAAAUCGGUUGAUUCAAAACAACAACCGAUUUGGCCAUCACCCCCAUCAUCGCCAACGUGUCCACCGUAUAAGCCCUUAGCGACAGCACCGGUUACUGCAACAAUAAUGAAGCUAACAAUGCCAACCGGCGUAAAAAGAACGGUUGAAGUAAAUGUAGUUACAAAAGAAAUAGAAACAUUUGCAACGACAAACAAGGAAUUACAUAAUUGUAGAAAUAAUAGUUGUAAUAAUCAUAAUAAUAAUAAAAAAAAUGAAAUUAGUAAUAACAAUAAUGCAAACACUAACGUUGAUAGUUUAAUUGAUAGCAAGCAGGAAGAAAAAUCAUUAUUAUUGCCAAUUGAUACUAAUGAUGUAGAAUUUUGUAUAACAAAAUUUAAUAUUAGUAAUAGCAAUCAUAACAAUAAUAAUAAUAAUAAAAAUAAUAAAAGUAAUAAUAAUAACAAUAAUAAUAACAAUAAUAUUAAUAAUAAUAAUAAUAACAUUAAUAAUAGUGAUAAUAAUAAUAGUAACAAUAAUAAUAAUAAUAAUAAUAAUAAUAAUAAUAAUAAUAAUAAUAAUAAUAAUAAUAAUAAUAAUAAUAAUAAUAAUAAUAAUAAUAGUAGUGAUAAUAAUAAUAGUAAUAAUAAUGAUAAUAAUAAUAAUAAUAAUAAUAAUAAUAAUAAUCAUAGUGAUACAGGUGAUAAUAAACAAAUAAUUGAUAACAAUCAUGAAAUUAAUAAUUUGAAUAAUACCGAUAAUGAUAAAAAUAUCAAGAAUAAAAAUGACAAUAACCAUAAUAUGAUUACAAGUAAUGACAAUUAUAAUAACAUAAUGUUGAAUAAUACCUAUGUUGAAGAUUGUGAUAAAAUGGAUAAUAAAUCACAUAUAAGUAAUAAAAUGAAUAAAAUUAGUAACGUUAAACGAAAUGAUAGUAGUGUUAAUAAUAACAAUAUUUGUAUUAAUAAUGUUGAUACAAAUUAUAAUAAUAAUCAUGAUGAGGAUGAUAAUAACAGUAAUAAAUAUAACACUAAUGAUGAAAAUAAUAAUUCUAAUUCAAUUGAUACAAAAAAUAAUAAUACCAAAAAAGUAAAAAAUAAAGCAGAUAUUAAAAAAAAUAGCAACUAUAAUACUAAACAAAACGAUAUUAGUAUCAAAAAUAAUAAUACUGAAAAUAAUAAUAAUAAUAAUAAUAAUAAUAAUAAUAAUAAUAAAGAUGAAAAUAAUCAUAGAAGUAACAACAAAAAUAAUGAAAAUAAUAAGAGCGAUAAUAAUAAUAAUGUUGAUAAUAACAAUAAAAAUAAUAACAGUAAUUAUAAUAAUGUUAAUUCUAAUAAAAGUGAUAAUAAAAAUCAUUACAGUGAUAACACGAAUAACGGUAGUAAUAAAAAUGAUAAUAACAAUAAUAAUAAUAGUAAUAAUAAUAAGAAAGAUAAAAAUAAUAACUGUAAUAGUAAUAAUGAUAAUGAAAUUAACAAUUGUAAUAAAAAUAAUGAUGAUAUAAGUAAUAAUGGUAAUGUUAGUAGUAACAAAACUGAUAGAAGUAGUAGUAGUAAUAUUGAUAAUGAUAUAAAUAACAAUAAUAAUAAUAAUAAUAGUAAUAAUAAUGACGAUAUUAAAAAUAAUGAUUAUAACUAUAAUAACGAUUAUAAUAAUGAUAACAGUAGUAAUGAAAAUAAUAAUAGUGAUAUGAAUCAUAAAAAUAAUAAUAAUGAUAAUAGUAACAUUAAUAAUAGUAAUAAUAAUGGUAACAUUAAUAGAAAUAAAAAGGUAUCAAGCUCUACUGGUUAUAGUGCAAAAGAAUUUGAUGAUAAUUUAAAUUUUCAAAAUGAUAAAUUGAUUACAGAACAUAAUAAUAAAAAUAUAUUAAUAUUAAAUAAUAACAGGAGUAGUGAUAAUAAAAGUAAUAAUAAAAUAUUUUCUAAUAGUUUUGAGAAUAUCAAUAAUAAUGUAAAAUCAAUUGAUAACAGAAAUGAUAAUAAUAUUACGAAUUCAAUUUUUGAAGUAAGAGCCACAGAUUCUAAUAUUAAUUUAAAAAUAAGCGAAACUUCACAAAAACAUCUAAACGAAAAUAUUAUUAUUGAACAAGUGAACAACAUUUGUAAAGGUGAUAACAAUGAUAUUCAUAAUGUUAAUGACGUUACUAAUAAUUAUGAGAAAAUUAAAAAUACUAAUACUAAUAAUAAUAAUAAUAAUAAUAAUAAUAAUAAUAAUAAUAAUAAUAAUGAUAAUAAUAAUAAUAAUAAUAAUAAUAACAAUAAUAAUAAUGAUAAUAAUAAUAAUGAUAAUAGUAAUUGUAAAAAUAGUGUUGUUGAAAGUAAUGAUGAUAAUGAUAAUUUGCAAAAAAAUGAUUUUAAAAAUGCAAUGUCCAAUCACAAUAAUGAUAUUGUUCAAAAUAUAUCGAAUGAACAAACAUUAGAUCGUGCGGUUGUUGAUCACAAAGCACAACAGCAACAAUGUAUUGGGUUACAAAAUCAAAAUAAUGACUGCAAUGAUAUAAAAAAUUUUAUUCAAAAUACUCCUGACCAACAACAACAAAAACAAAAUAUUCAUGAACAUCAUUUCAAUCAUAAUCAAAAUUUGCAAGAAAACUUAAGUUCAGUAAUAUCGUCACAAGAAAAUGCAAAUUAUUCGGACUCAAGUGCUAUUCAAAUAUCGCAACAUCAUCAAUCACAAGAACAAUUACAACAGCAGCAAAAACAGCAUCAACAUUUGCAGCAAACACAACAACAUUAUACUCAUACUAUGUUUUACGAUCGGAUAAACUCGCCUUAUUUUAUUAAUAUGCAGCAUCAUCAAAAUAAUUUACAUCUUAAUUCACAACAGUAUCAACAACAACAACAUAUUCAUCAUUCACAUCAUAAUUUACCACUGAAUUAUGACUUUGAUAUACAUAAUCAACAAAAUUUACAUAAUAUGCACUAUGAUCAACAUUUAAGAAAUCAUCAGCAUUUACAGCAGCAACAACAGCAACAACAACAGCAUCAAUCAUCCGAUCAUCAAAAUUAUGAAAAUCAUAUUUCACAUUAUAUGCAGCCACAAUCAAAUUCUUUAACAGAACCGCAUAUGUUAUCACAAUCAAAUAAUUUUGCAGGAAAUAAUGGUAUUUCACAUCAUUUAAAUCAGCAACAACAGCAAGGUGAAAAUCGUCAAAUUCAUCAUAAUGUGCAACAAAAUCAAAAUAGUAUGAAUCAUUAUCAACAUCGUAUUAAUCAAAACUUAAUUAAUGAUGAAGAGCAACAAUCAGAAAAUAUACAACAAAUUAAUAUUGAUUUAAAAGAGGAACAAGGUCAAGAGCAACAGCAACAAAAUUUAUUAAAUCAAACACAUUAUAGUCACUCACAUUACGAUACACCAAUAAUAAAUCAGCAUUUAACAGUUAAUAUGCCGUUGUCACAACAGCAGAAGCAACAGCAAGAGCAACAGCAGCCACAAAAUCAUAAAAAUUUACAAAAUAAUAAUAUUGUCAAUUGUAUGGAUGAAUUAUUAAUUAAUGAUCAUCAUUCACAUGAUACAACAUCACGAUAUAAAUUAUUAUCACCAUCAAUUCCUAAAACCGAUAGCCAAGAUGAUGGUUAUGACACAUCUGUAAGAGAAGUUUUAACUCCUAAUUCUCAUGCAUCAUCAUCACAUCAUUCAAUAACACCACAGCAUACAAUUAAUCUACAAACAAAUUUAUCUUCAUUAUCGAGUCGAAAAUGUGAAUUACAAUCAAAUUCAACGCAAUCAUCAUCAAUUACACAACAACAACAGCAGCAACAAUCAAUGUCUAAAAAUAAUAUAAAUAAUCAUAAUGAUUCAUAUACCUUUAUGGAUGAUGAAUUAAAUAAUAGUAUGCAUCAUACAAUUCCAUCUCCAAAUUCAAGAUUAACAUCAUUAAUGAAUCAUAAUAAUUGUCCAAUUUCGUUAACGUCAUCUUCAUCAUCUGGUAUUAUUGGUAAUGAUACCAAUUGUGAUAAUAGAAAUUUAGUUAUAAACGAUACAAUGUCCCAUAUAAAUAAUACAAAUAAUCAUAAUGAUAUGCAAGAACAGUAUAAUGAUAAUAAUGAAUUAUUAAGUUCGAAUGUUAUGCACAAUCAAAUUCAAGAUAAUGCAAACAAUUAUAGUCUGAUGUGUGAUAAUAUAAUGAAUCUAGAUGAAGGCAAUAUGAUUAAUAUGCCAAAAAAACGUGGAAGAAAGAAAAAAAUACGCCAGGAUGAUGGAUCUCCAACAAACGGUAUUAUUAAAUCAGCAGUACAUAAAGAACGUAAAAAGCAUGAUCGUUUUAAUGGUAUUUCAGAAGAGGAAGUAUCAAAAAGGACAUUACCAGAUCAUUUAAUUGAUAAUUUGGACAUUAUUAUCAUUGGUAUAAAUCCUGGCUUAUUUGCUGCUUAUAAAGGUCAUCACUAUGCUGGACCUGGUAAUCAUUUUUGGAAAUGUUUGUAUUUAUCUGGUUUAACACACGAACAAAUGUCUGCUGAGGAAGAUUAUAAGCUAUUGAAUUUUGGUAUCGGCUUUACGAAUAUGGUUCAAAGAGCAACUAAGGGGUCAGCUGAUUUAACACGCAAAGAAAUUAAAGAAGGUUGUCGAAUAUUACUAGAAAAAUUGAAAAAAUUUCGUCCGAAAAUUGCUGUCUUUAAUGGAAAAUUAAUAUUUGAAGUUUUCUCUGGAAAAAAAGAUUUUAAUUUUGGUCGUCAACCGGAAUGUAUUGAAGGAACGAAUACGUAUAUGUGGGUGAUGCCAUCAUCUUCAGCUCGUUGUGCUCAGUUACCAAGAGCAGCUGAUAAAGUACCUUUUUAUUCUGCUUUAAAAAAAUUUCGUGAUUAUUUAAAUGGCUUAAUAUCGCAUAUUGAUGAUUCUGAAUGUGUUUUUACUGACCCAAAAUUAAAGCAUUGUGAUCAAGAAUUAAAUAAUGGUUCAUCGGUUUUGAUAUCACCACUUAAUAAUGACACGAAUUCUUUAUUAACUCAAUCAAUUAAUAAUAAUGAUAAUAAUAGCAAUUUAAUCUUAAAUGGAAAUACACAGAUAACAACUACAAAUAAUAAUAAUGAUAAAAUGUUAAAUCAAUCAAUGCAUCAUCAGCAUAAUCAAGAACAACAAAUUAAUCAAGAACAACAAAAUCAUCUUCAUCAUCAAUAUCAUCAAGAGUUAUCACCUGUUAUUGCUGAUUUAAAUAUGCAUAAUCCUCACCAUCAACAUAUACCACAGCAUCAACAUCAUCAAAACCAUCAAAAUCAUCAUCAUCCUCAUCAAAUUUCCAAUAAUUGCACGGAUUUAAGUUCAAAUAUUAAUAGUAAUAAUAAUAACAAUUUAAUGGAUUCUAUACCAAUUGUAUUAAGACAGGCAAUUGAAGCAAAUGAUCCCAAUAAUUAUAAUAUGUUAAUACCACCUGUUAAGAAAAAACGUGGUCGUCCAAAAAAAAUAAAAAAUUUGAAUGAAUGUGAUGAAAAUACACCAGAAAAAAAAUUAAUAUUAAAUCAUAAAAUUAGUUAUGAUCAUAAUAGUUGUAUUUUGGAUGGUAUACCGAAAAAGAAGCGCGGUAGACCAAAAAAACUUCGAGACAGUAACAAUAGCAUAAAAAAUAUUAUUUAUAACAAUAACAAUACGGAAAAUAAUGUAAUUAAUGAUAAUAAUAAUAACAAAAAUAAAUAUGUAACUAUGCAUAACAAUACAUGUAAUAUUGCUAUUGAAAAUAAUAAAAAUAAUAACAACAAUAAUAACAGUAACAAUGGCUUUACAAUAAAAAAAAUUCAUUAUGAUGAUAUAUCGAAUAUAAAUAGUAAUUGCUUGAAUUUAGCUGAUCCGAACGCAGUAUCGGCGGUAGCUGCGGCAGUUACAUCAAUGAAUUUUAAUAAUAAUUUUAAUAUACAACAACAGCAGCAGCAAUCUGUUUUAGAUCGCAACAGUAUAUAUACAACAUCAAUGAUACAAAAUUUGUCAAAUAAUAAUGAUGCAAAAAAUAAUGAUCAUAAAAAUUCCUCAUUAUUUUUAAAUCAUCAACAUUUGAUAUAUUCAUCAUCACAUAGUAUACAUUCACCUAGCAGCACAAUUGGUUCCUAUAAAUAUGAAUCUAUUCUUAACCAAAUAGAUUCAACAACUAAAGAAAAUUUAAUAAACAAUAAUAAUAUCAAUAAUAACAAUAAUAACAAUAUCAACAAUAAUAAUAAUAAUAAUAAUAAUAAUAAUAAUAAUAAUAAUAAUAAUAAUAAUAUUAAUAAUAAUAAUAAUAAUAAUAAUAAUAACAAAAAUGAUAAUAAUAAUAAGAAUAGUAAUAAAAAUGAUAAUAAUCAAAAUAGUAUUAGUAAUAAUGAUAAUAAUAAUAGUAAUAACAAUGACAGUAAUAAUAAUGCUGAUAAUAAUCAUAAAAGUACUAUUAUGAAUAAUGAUGAUUUUGAUAAAAAUAGUGAUAAUAAUUUUAAUUCAAUUAAUAAAAAUGAAACUGAUAUUGUAAAUUCAUAUGUUCCUAAGUUAAAACAGCCAGAAGAAGAACAAAUGCAAGAACAAAAUAUAACGAUUAAUGAAAAUUUUAGAAGUAACGAGUUUUCUAAUAAUAAUAACAAUAAUUUUCACAAUAAUAGUAAUAAACAUAACAAUAAUAAUAGUAACAAUGAUAAUAUUAGUGAGAUUAAUAAUGAUAAUAAUAAUAAUAAUUACAAUGAAAAUAAUGGCAAUAAUCACUUAAGGCAUUUACAAAUACAUAGUUCAAAUUCACCAAAAAAUCUUUCAAAUAUUGAAUGUCAUACAACAACAUAUCAUGAACUAAAUUAUCUUAAACGACAACAAGAAAAUCAAUAUGAACAUCAAAAUAAAAAAUAUGAGAAUUACCGUAAUAAUAACAAUGAUAAUAAUAAUAAAAGUGAACAAUUUUCAAAUACAUUAAUAGAUUCUGAAACACAAUUAUCACAAAGAAUUAAUCAGCAUAACAAUAACAAUAAUGAUAAUAAUAAUAAUAUGCCAUCAUUGUUACACAACAACUUUAAUGGUAUACCAUCUUCAUUACACAAUAAUUACAAUAGUAGAGAUGAUAAAAUUGAACAUAAUAAUGAUAUCAAUAGUGAAAUAUCAAAUUCUUUAUAUACAAAUAAAAUUAACAUAAAUGAAAAAAAUAAUUUAACAUUUUGCAAUCUUUAUAAUAAUGAUAAUAACUUAAAGGAUAUAAGGAGUAAUAAUGCAAAUUUUGAAAAUAAUAAUAAAAGUUAUGAUAAUAUAAAUGUAACAAAUAAUAUUUCUUUAAUAAAUGAAAAGGCUCCGAAAAACAAUAGUGAUGAUGACGGUAAUGUUAGUAAUGAUAUUAAUAUAAAUAAUCACAAAAAUAAUAAUAAUAACAAUAAUAAUAAUAAUAAUAAUAAUGAUAAUAAUAAUAAUAACAAUAAAAAUGAUAUUAAAAAUAAUAAAAAUGGCAACAAUGUCAUUAAUAAUAAUAAUGAUAAUAAUUAUAAUAUUGGCAAUAAAAAUAAUAAUAACGGUAUCAAUAAUAAUAACAACGACAUUAAAAAUGAUAAUUAUAACAAAAAUGAAAAAAGUGAUAAUAGUAUAAAAAUUUUAAAUAAUGAUAGUAGCAGUGACAAUUUCAAUGAUAACAAUAUUGAAGAUUACAAUAAUAAUGAAAAUAAAAUUGUUUGUAUUACAAAAACGACUAAAAACCAUAAAGGGAAUAAAACUAAAACCUGUCAAUAUGAUAAUAUUGAUGAUGUGAAUAAUAGUAGUGAUAAUGUUAUAAAUUGUCAUGAAACUAUAACAAAUAAUAAUAAACAAUUAAAAAAUAAAGAACAGGAAAUUUACGAUAAUGAUAAUAAUCAUAAAAUUGAAUAUAGAGAUCACAAAAUUUUAAAUCAAAAUUUUUCAAAUUCAUCGAUGAACACUAAUAGUCCAAUACAUAAUUCUACACUACAAAACUCUAAUUAUAAUCUUGAACAUAUUAAUAAUGGAAAUGAUAAUCAAUUAUCAACUACAAUUAACGCAAUCAAUGAAUAUCCACAAGAUAGAGGUGGAAUUGUCACAUCAUCUAUAAUUUUAAAUACAAAUCAUUUCAAUGAUAAUCGUUUUUCAAUAACAAAAGCUAGUCAUCAUUCAAAUUUACAUCAUAGCCACUUGCAACAUAUUAAUAUUAAGGAUAAUAAUACCAACAACAAUAAUAACAAUAAUCAUCAUCGAACAAUUAAACAUCAAAUAGCAACACAACAGCAAAAACAACAACAACAAGAGAUUGUUGAUGUUGCUUCAAAAAGUUUAUCGGGUCUUGAAUCAUUAGUUGAUCAAAUUCCAACAUCCGAGAAUGAAAAUAAUAUUACAACGCAACAUAAUAUUGAUCAAUAUCAAUAUACGAAUGAUAAUAAAAUAAAUUCAAUAAACAAUAAUGUCAUGUCAUGUUUAAAUAAUUAUAAUACAACAAAUUCGCGAGCUGUGUCAUUAUCAUCGUCUUUACCAUCACCAUCUACGUUAAUAUUGCCACCAAAUCCAACUGUAACUUCAAUACGUAAUAACAAUAUUUUAAUAAAUAAUAUGGUAUUAAACUCAGCAGCACAUUCAUUGAGUAAUGCCGUAGUAGAGGCUACAACAACAACAACUAUGACUACAGCAACGGUAACGAAAACAGCGACAGUGCAACCACCGCCAUUAUCGCAGCAGCCAUUACUAACAACAACACCCACAACUGUAAUAGCAACAACAAAUAUACCUAAUACUAUUAGUCAAUCACCAUCAUUAUCAACAUUUUCUAAUGCUAGUCAAUCCCCCGUUUCAACAAUAUUAUCUUCACCCACACAAUUAUUGUUAUCAUCAUCAACAUCGUUACCGUUACCAUCACAACCACCAUCAUCGUCAGCGUCAUCACUAUCGUCAUCGCCACCCUUGUUAUCAACUUCUUCACUAACGCCAUCAUCAAUAUCACAAUCAUUAAUACAAUCUCAAGAUCAAAUAAUGCAACAACAACAGCAGCAGCAACAACAACAUCCGCAAUUACAAUUAAGACCACCAUCAAUAGCAACACAGCAUCAUCACCAACAGCAGCAACAACAACAUAUGUUACUAGCACCCCCAACUUCAUCAUUACCACCACCACCAUCAAUGCAACAACCACAAACCACGCAGUCUACACACCAACACUAUUCACCUGUUAAUCACUCAACUGGUUAUGCCGGCUCUGCUCUAACUGGAAUAUCAAGUAAUUUUUCUGUAUCAAGCUUAACAUCACAAAAUUAUUCACAAACAUCAUCAUAUCAUUCAAAUUUAAUGGCAGCUGCUGCUGCUGCAUCAUCUGCAGCUUCACACCCAGCUACAAUAUAUGCAGCAGCUCAUAUGGAUCCACAUAUUUCAAUGCCAGUCAGCGCACUAUAUCACUCACAUCAUCCAGCUUAUGCUCAACAUCAUCCAGCAGCAACUGGAUACCACCAUAGUACAUACCAUCAUCAUCAUGGAACAUCACCAACAUUACAUAUGCCAUCGCCAAAUUAUCCGUACGGUUAUCCAAAUACAUCAACGUACACAGCAGCUGCUGCAGCAGCAGCAGCAGCUGCAUCACAUCAACCAACAUCCCAUACCGGUUACUUAACAAAUCACGUGUCAAUGUUUGAUAGAAUCAAAUCAGAUAUGGGCUAUGGAAGUUUUUGAUAAAAAAAUUUUUUUAACUAUAUUUGAAACCUAUAAUUACAUAUAAACAAUUAUAUUAAGACGUGUAGUGUAUAUCCAUAUCAAAUAUAUUAAAAGUAAUAAAACCUGCAACAGAAAACUGAAAUAUAUGGAAAAAAUAACAUGAAAACUAACUAAAAUGUAAACGUUCCUAUAAGUAGCUCAUAAUAAAACUAUAAAUUAAAACAAAAAAAAUUAAUUAGUCUUCUAACAAUUUAAAAAAAAAACUAUCAGUCAUAUCUUUAUAAAAAUUAAGACGGUUAAGCCGUAAUGUAUACGUAUAUAUAUAUUUAUAAAUUUGUACAAACAAUUAUAAGUAUAUUUAUUUAUGAAUUAUUUAUAUACAAUAGUGUAAUUCUGUUAUGGCCGAAUUAUACAAUUGCGUAGAUUGUGUUAUUAAAAUAUGAAAUACGAUAUUGCUAUACAAUUCAGUAAUUCAUUUUUAUAAGCUGAAUUGGUUUUAAUACCAUAUUACUGCAUUUCGGAAGUUAAUCGUAGUUAGUCUUUAGAAGUUACCAUAAUUUCAAAAAUUGCUGAAACACUUUAUUAAGGAACACAAUUCACUAAUUAAAUUGUAUAUUACUACAACACUACUUAUUUUUAAGUAAGGGAUAUAAUAAUCAUUGCAAUUUGAAUGUGACAAUAUAAUAUUCACACAAUUUAGAUAUUGUAAAAAUUCAAACAAAAUCAAAAUUUUGAAACCUUCUUCCAUACAUAUUUUGCACAUCCAUAUACGGUUUAUUUAUUUGAGUUAUAUUACUUAGUGAUUUUAUUUCUUAGGAUAAGCCAUUAUCAUUCAUAAAAUUUUAAAAUAUUUCUUAUAAAUGAUUAUAAAAAAUAUUCAAUACUUUGGCGUUUAUGAUAAAAUUAUAAAAACUUUGCCACAAUAAACUUUGUCUACCUUCGGCCCAUAUUGUAAAAAUACAAAUACAUAUACAUAUUAUCAGUUUUAUAUAUUCAGUUACAUAAUUUUAAAUACUAAGUCAAGUAUAUAGAUUAUCAUGAAUUUUAAUAAAAGUAGGUACUAAAAUUUCAAAAUACACAAUUGAGUAUAUUUAUAACUCGAAAAGGAAAUUGUAUUUUAAUAUCGUAUUGCUGCCUUUUUAAAACCAGAGAUACGUGCAACAUAUAUGUAGAUAUUAAAAUUUUCAAAGUUUAAUUCAAUUUUAAAUUUUUAUCUUUUCCAAUUUCUAUUGUAUUUGAUAUUUAAAAAAACAAUUUUAAUUCCUCAUAAUAAGUUGAACUGACAUUUGGUUUGCAUUUUUCGUAACGGUGCGCCAUUAUUAUUGCGAAUUAAUUCACUAAGUAAUUGCAUAUAAUUCAACUUAUAAUAUACAUUAAAUGUUAAAAUUCGAUAAAUUAUAUGUAGUACUCGUAAUAGAAAGUUUUUUUGGGAAAUUUGGGAAAAAAACUUCUGAAAAAUUAGUUUUUCCUAUAUAUAUUAUAUUCGCAGAUUUUUUUAAAGUUUCUUAAUUAUAUAUUUAUAUAUGUGUACAAACACGUUUUAAUGUUAUUAUAAUGUUGUUAUAAAUAUAUUUAUAUAUAUAAUAAUAUAUAUAUAACAAUAAAACAUUUAUUUUUUUUUUAAUUUUAUCCUAUAGCUAUUGUAAAUGCAUAAAUGAUAUGAUGUAUAUGUAAAUACACGUCUUGAUUUUCAAAAUGCAGUAAUAUGGUAUUAAUAUACAAUUCAGCAAUUCACAUCUAUUAGCUGGUUAAGGAUAUUGAAUAAUUAUAUAUAAGUAAGUAAGAAAACUUUAAAUUCAAAAUUGCUAUAAUAUCGCAAUAUUAAAUACACAAUUCAGCUUAUGAAGUGUAUAAUUGCUGAAUUAUGUAAUAAUAUACACAGUUUUAUCGCAAAUUUUGAAAUCAAUGAUUUAUUUAUAUAUAUAUACAUGCAUAUAAUUUAUAUUUAUAUAUAUAUACAUGUUUAAUGAUAAAAUCUGAGUUUUAAAAUUUUAACUUAAAUUAAAUGUAGAUAUUAAAAAAAAAGAAAACUUAAAAAAAAGAAAAUUAAAAAUUAUCAAAGAAAAAAAUAAAAUGUUUAAUAUUUAAUACAACUAAAUCUAUGCAUACGUAAUACAAUUAAAUCUAUGCAUAAAAUAUGCAAACAUUUAAAUAAAGUUCGUAUACCUCGACUUCAAAAUUGCUGUUCAAAGAAAACAAAAUGUUAAAUUUAGAAAAAAUGUUGCUACACACUAUUCAGCAAUUAUAAAUUAUAAGCUGAAUUGUGUUUUAAUACCGCAUUAAUUUUUCUAUUAUUCAUAAGUCAGGGAUAAUACCCUGAUUUCAAAAUUAACGCGGUAUAUUAUAUGGUAUUAACAUACAAAAAACAGUUUAGUAUAUUACAUAGCUGUAUAAAUAAAUUGUAUGUAUCCUUGGCUUCAAAAUUGUCGUAAUACAGUAUUAAUACGUAUUUCAGUUUAUGAAUUGAAAUUGCUUAAUUUUGUAGCAGGACUGUAUUACUGCAUUUUUGAGGUAAGGGUUGUAUUUGAUAUUGUAAAAUUGUAAUUUUUAAGUCGACAUACUUUUAUGUAUAUGUGUAUACUUGUCAUAAGCAUAAGAAAAUAUUAAAUUAUAUGCAAAACAAAAUAAAGAAAAUAACAAAAUCUCCUUUCAUAAAUUUUAACAUAAGUUACCUAAGAAAAAAAAAUUAACGGAAUUUAAAAAAUGUUUAUAAUUUAUUAUAUGGUAUACUAGUUAGGUCAAAAAAAAAAAAUAACUUUUUUUUUAAAUUAUGAAUAUUUAUACAUAUAUAUAGAUCUUUAAUUAAAGAAAUAAAUUUACUAAAAAGUUAAUAUUUUCAGUUAAAUAAUUGAAACAAAAAAAAAACAUAAAUGAAACUAUUUAUAAAAUUUUUAUUUAUUUUAUUUUAUAUUUUAAUAAUGUUUUAUUUAUAAUUCAAAAAAACAAUGAAAAUAAAAAGGAAAAAU